AUGCUCCAAAUCCUGCGUACCCGGCGAAUUCCCUCAUUGGAACAGCAUCGAGUGGGCAGGCUCGGUCUGCCUCGGUUCCAACUUCAGGUGAAACAUGAGCUCAACAGCACGUUGCAGGCGCUGGGAUUUCCGAUUGACGGGUCUUUCCCAGCUCUAGAUGCGGGAGGAAACGAUCAGGUGGGCAACAUCAUUCAGGGUCUGAGUGUGGAGUGUAAUGAAAAGGGCACGGUGGCCGCCGCAGCUACAGCGGUAACGUUCGAACGCGGUGGACCUCCCCCUUAUAUCCCUGACUUGAUAUUCGAUCGCCCGUUUGUGUUUGCCAUCGUGGCAGAUGAGCUGGAUUUGGCCAUCUGUACGGGUCUGUUUUCCGGUUCUUAA